CUCGCCUGCGCUGUCCCGGGGAUCCUCCACGCGGAGAAGAGUCCAAGGCAGGUCGACGCGGCGCACAGCCUCGAGAGCUUCCGCGUCAACGCGGUGGGGCCGCUGCUGCUCAUCAAGCACUUCUCCGAGUUCCUCCCCAGGCGGGCGACCCAGAUGAGGCUUCAGGAGGAGGAGGAGGAGGAGGAGGAGGGGGAGGCCCUGGCGCGCCACGCCGUCUGGCUGAGCAUGUCCGCCCGCGUCGGGUCCGUGGCGGACAACAGGCUGGGCGGGUGGUACUCGUACCGGGCGAGCAAGUCGGCCGUGAUGAGCCUGACCAAGACGUUCGACAACUUCCUGCAGGCCCGGAGCGGCGACCAGGCCGUGGCGGUCGCGUACCACCCGGGGACGGUCAGGACGGACUUUAGCCGCGAGUACUGGGACGGCGUCGAGGAGGGGAAACUGUUCAGCCCCGAGUAUGCCACCGAAAGGAUGGUGAGCGUGCUGAGCGGGUUGGAGCUGGGGCAGAGGGGGAGAUGCUGGGACUGGAAGAAUGAGGAGGUGCCGCCUUAG